AUGUUUCACACGGUGAACUGUGAACAUAGACAUGACUUUGAUAAGAACUGUGAUAGAGACUGUUUCAAAAAGACUAGGGCUAAGACUGGGGCUAAGACUACGUCUGGAACUGAGACUGGGGCUAAGACUGGGGCUAAGACUGUGUCUGGAACUGAGACUAGGGCUAAGACUGGGGCUAAGACUACGUCUGGAACUGAGACUGGGGCUAAGACUGGGGCUAAGACUGUGUCUGGAACUGAGACUGGGGCUAAGACUGGGGCUAAGACUGUGUCUGGAACUGAGACUGGGGCUAAGACUGGGGCUAAGACUGUGUCUGGAACUGAGACUGGGGCUAAGACUGGGGCUAAGACUGUGUCUGGAACUGAGACUGGGGCUAAGACUGGGGCUAAGAUUGGGGCUAAGACUACGUCUGGAACUGAGACUGGGGCUAAGACUGGGGCUAAGACUGCGUCUGGAACUGAGACUGGGGCUAAGACUGGGGCUAAGACUGUGUCUGGAACUGAGACUGGGGCUAAGACUGGGGCUAAGACUGUGUCUGGAACUGAGACUGGGGCUAAGACUGGGGCUAAGACUGUGUCUGGAACUGAGACUUGGGCUAAGAUUGGGGCUAAGACUACGUCUGGAACUGAGACUGGGGCUAAGAUUGGGGCUAAGACUGUGUCUGGAACUGAGACUGGGGCUAAGAUUUGGGCUAAGACUGUGUCUGGAACUGAGACUGGGGCUAAGACUGGGGCUAAGACUGUGUCUGGAACUGAGACUGGGGCUAAGAUUGGGGCUAAGACUGUGUCUGGAACUGAGACUUGGGCUAAGACUGGGGCUAAGACUGUGUCUGGAACUGAGACUGGGGCUAAGACUGGGGCUAAGACUGUGUCUGGAACUGACUGGGGCUAA